AUUCACGUACCUACGCAUGUCAUUGUGGUUUACUAUUUGGAAUCGUGAAAUGCUAAUUUUGCCACUACACAUAACCAACGUUUUUUGAUUUAAUGACAGGUACAAACUAGCAUUGGACCUGCAACACUUGUCAAUAAGAAUCGCUAUUGUCUCCAUGUGGAGAAUGUACAUCCCUCAAUUUAAGAGGACUUGUAUCUUUAUAAAGUAUAUUUCUAGAAAGAUAAUUCAUGCAAAUGUUCUUCUUGCAAAAUCAAUAACUAUUAUUUAGAUUGUAAAUAAUGUUAAACAUGGUACACAGUAAAUGAAUCUAAGAAUAAUUUAGAUGGCAAAGUAUUAACAUGUGUUCUAAAUUGUGAAUAAGUUUAAGCGCUAAAGUAUCUUUCAUAUCUUAAUAUUUAGAUGCUCUAACUGUUAAACCUUAAUUAUAAUUGAUAAUUUCAAUAAUGAGAUCAAAAAUUAUUGCAGUUCAUGUAACAAACAUUUUUUUAAGCAAAUUUGUUCAUUUUGCAAAGAAGUUUCAUCUUUCACUUAAAAAGAAAGUCAAUUUAAAUAAAAAUGUUUAAAUAAGAAAUGUGGCAAAGGUACAUUUUUAAAGGCUGGCAAAUUAUUAAAUCAGCAAGUCAUUGUAGGACAAUUCAUUAAAUCAAAUGAAAUCUAGUAAAUUCAAAUUAAAAAAUAAUAAUCAACAUCCAAGUUUUUAUAAAAUGUAGAUCUAUUGAAUUUAGAACCAGAGAAUGAUAAUGCUAAUUUCAAUCAAAAUUAGAAUGAUGCUAAUCUUUUAGAUAUAGAUCAACAUUUAAAUUAACCACCUCAAGAGGAUAGUUCAAUUACUAAAUGCUAAAAGUGCUUUGUAUAAUUCAUUUAUGAUUUAAGAACACAUCAGAAGUUAUUAUAACAACUCCAUGUGGACACAAAGUUACGUGCUACCAGUGUUUGGAAAACUAGUUGAAUUGUAUAUCAUGUGGUGAACCUAUUGCUAAUAGAAUCAUGAAUACUUUCAAUAGAGACUUUUAUUAAGAAAUCAAAGAAAGGAUUUUGAUUUACAGAUAAGAGUGA